AUGUUAGAAUUACAAAUGGUGCCUAAUGGGACUACUGAAGUAGAGGAAGAAGUGGAAGAGUCUCCAGUUCCACUUGCCAUUCUAAAUGAGGAUAACAAUGAUACUUCUACCCCUUUCUCUAACACACAUGGAAGGUUUACAUACUUGCCAUGGGUGGUCAUUGGGAACUUCAAUUGGGUUCUAUCUCCUUCAGAAGUGGAAGGUGGUUCUUCUUCUUGGCCUGCAUGGCAAGACGAUCUUGGGAAUUGCUUGGCAACGUUGAAGAAGUUAAAGCUUACCUUGAAAGAGUUCAAUAAGGAGCAUUUUUCAAAUCUACCUACGAGAGUUACUCGUGCUCGGACUGAUUUAGAACAUGUUCAGUGUCUGAUUCAGCAUUCACCUUUGGAUUCAUCUUUACAUAGGGAGGAGACUCUGUUACAAAAGGAAUUUUGUGAGUUGAGUAGGGCUAAGGAAAGCUUUUUAGGACAAAAAGCUCGUGUUAAGUAG